GAGCCCUUACAUAAUUUUUAUUGACCUUGGCGCCCUUUAUUUGGGUUCGAAAUUCGAAUAUUAGCUUCCUCAGAUUCAAAAAGUAGGCUCGGAGUUUUCUUUAGAGAGACGUUGGAGGUUUGUUUUUUACAUUUUUGCCAUCGUCUUCUCAAAUUUCUCCUCUGAGGUUUUUUACUCCUCCUUCUGUCGCUAAUCAUAGUCGAUCAACCCAAAUAUAGGGAAUUAGGGUUUCCGCUUCGAAAUCUCUGCCAUGGACACCGUUGUCCAAGUUGAUUCAGCAGAUGGUAGUGCCCAAAGGAAAAAACUAGCUGACAUUAGCAACUUACAGCGCCGAUUUAAUCCAACAAACCAAGAUGCUAAGCCGAAGCGUACUACAAUUACUGCUAAAGAAUAUGUGGAAAAGCUCCACAAGGAAAAUACAGAAUUGGUGAAGCUCCUCGCUGACAGAAAUAAACUUAUUGAGCUGAGCGCUGCAGAAAUACAGAAAUUGAGAAUAAGCAUUCAGAAAGUACAACUACAAAAUAUGCAACUUGCCCAAACAAAUAGCCAAAUGCUGGCGGAGCUUAAUUCAAGUAAAGACAGGUUAAAAUUACUUCAGCAUGAGCUUGGAUGCAAAAAUGGGUUACUUGAAGCAAGAAAGUUUGAGGGAAAGAGAAAAAGAGUAACUUGUGAGGAUAACGAUGAUGAGGUGGGUUCAACUUAUCAGGAUGGAGAAUCCUUGCAAGUGGUACAGGAAAAGGAACCUAGUAAGGCCAACCAUAGAAAGAAAUCAAGGACCCAAUCUUUGGCCCCUCCUCCUGCUGUUAAAGAAGUUUGUGCUAAAGAGAAGGCUAACAAUAAAAGGCGUUGUUCCAGAAGGCUCUCUGCUAGGUUCAAAUCUAAAGAAUUAGAAGAAACGGAAAACAUUUCUGAGAGAGAAGAUGAUGAAUUUCAAGUAUCUUCUUUACAUGAUAAACCGGUUAUCGAAAGUAGCGAAAUGCUGUCUUCUCAACAUGAUGAUCCAGCGGAAGCAAAUGGUCAAACGCCAUCUUCUUUGCAUGGUGAUCUAGUUGGUGCAAGUGGUCAAACACUACAGGGAUCAUCAUUAGAAAAAGAUGAAGAAAAUACAACCCCCAAUUCUAGGAAUCAAGAAUUUAGGCGAUCAUCUGUUGGAAGACCGCUACGCCGAGCAGCUACGAAGGUUCAAUCCUACAAAGAGUUAUCAGUUAUGGCUAAGAUGCGCAGAACUGAGUGAGUUUCUUCUUAUGGUUAUGCAUUUUAACAGCAGACUUAAAAGGAGUUCUGUUUCAUAGCGUUGUAUCUUUUUGUACACGUAUAAGCUUCUAAGUAAAUUUUCUUAUCUGGUCCAUUUCCGUUUACAUUUCUCAGAUGACUCAAAAUCCUUUUGAAUUAAUUCAGUUUUCCCAAAAAGUGAUGUGCUAUAGAAUCCAAUUAUUUGAUUA